AUGGGUGUUCUCUUUGCCAUGUUGUUUACAGAAGCCUCGGUUUGUGAUAUAGGAGUGAUUUGGUUCUCGACUGUGGCUGUGUGGUUGGGUUUGGCUGUAUUUGGAGUGGAGUUAGUACCUUUGCUUCUGACUCUAAAACUUUAUUUCCAUUUUGGAUGCGUCCCCUGCCCCCCAGGAUGCUCCGAAUGCUCAGCGACGCUCGUAUGCUCCGUGAGGUACGACGCCAUGAUGCGCUUGGUCCCCGUCUGCGUGGAGGCUGCGUGCGUGUUCAUCUGUCUCGUUCUCGGUUUUGUUGUCUUCAAGUUGAGGAAGUGUAAGGUAAUCGCAGCUUCGUUAUGGACUAUGCUGGAAAUGGUGCUCCUCGGGGCGGUGGUCCUCUACUCGACGAUUUUCUUGCGCUACGUGGAACCCACUGUGCUGCUGUGCAUGGUGGAGCCCUGGUUCAGGGAGAUGGGCUUCGCUCUCUUCUACGGAGCCAUCGUGCUCAAGCUAUACAGGAGCCUCGUCGACUACCGGACCAGGAAAGCUCAUCGCUACGUUAUCCGGGACAGGGACCUCCUCAAAUACCUGGCAGGACUCGUGGUAUUCGUAACAGGUUACCUGGCUGCCUGGUCCGCUCUCACGGCCCACCUGGCCACGGAGGGUCACUCCCCGCUGGCCCUUGGACGGACGAAUGAGGGACUGGCCUUCACCGUGUGUAAAAGCAUGUGGUGGGAGUAUGUGACGGAGGCAGGCGAACUUCUCUUCAUCCUAUUCGGGCUGUACCUGGCCUGGCACCUGACGAAGGCGGCCAAGGACUCGGGCGAACCCAGCGAACUCUCCGAACGCCGAGCUCUCUCCGCUUCCCUGGUCCUGGAGCUCCUCGCCUCCACUGUCCUGUACACGGGGCGUCACCUGCUGUGGCUCCAAGCUCACCCUGACCACGUGUUCCUCGCCUACUUCGCCCGCACGCACCUCACCGUCACCAUCUCGCUGCUGCUGAUUCUGACGCCGAAGCUGUGGUGCGCCGGGGGAAGCGGCGGCCGAGAUCGCCUCCCGAGGACGUACUCCUCGACGGAGGGCGGAGAGCCACGCUUCUGCGACGCCCUCACCAACGGCGACCUGGAGGCGUCGGACAUCAACCUCAGCCAGAUGGACCCCGAGGAGAUUAGGGCCGAACUGAAGCGCGUGUACACCCAGCUCGAGAUCCUGCGCACUAAGACCAUGAGGAAGGACAACCCACACAUCUCCAAGAGGCGAGGAGGGAGGAAGGCCACCCAUAGGAGGUUCUCCAUGCAGAGUCGCAAAGGAAGCCGAGAAAAGCACCACCCCCGCCCCCUCCCCCACACCUUGGAGGGAGGAGAGGGGGAGGUGAGCAAGACCCCCGAGGAAUCCGUGUGCUCUAUCGAGGGGCCUUCAGUCCUCUCCGUCUACGCUGAUGGGCCUUCAGAGGUAGGGACGCCGUCGAUCCUCCACCGAUCCUACAAGUUAUGAAAGGACAAGGCCAAAGGAGGACGGAAUCAAGGCUCUAUCUAAGGUUUCAAAAUAGAAAAGAAGAUGAAGAGAGAGAGAGAGAGAAAAAAAGAAAAAGAUUUAAGAGGUGUAGUCCUCUAGUUUAUUUAUUUAUGUUUAUUUUUUUCCCUAUGAAAGAUUCAUUAGAUUAGUGAUUGUUGGGAGCAAGGUUAGUCAAGUGUAAAUCAUUCGAGUUCUUUAAUCCUUUUAAAGAUUAGAUACUAUGAAUAUAUAUACAAUAUUAGUCCACAGUUUUUGCUACUCUAGAGUAUAGUGUGUACAAAGCAGGGAGGAGAUAAUGGCAACUAGCAUUGUGCAGGAUUUUGUGUAUAUACUUUUUAAGGUAAUAGAUUGUAGAGUUUUUGGGAUGUAAUGAAAACUGCACUGAAAGCCUCUAGUGACCAGAACUGUAAAGGUGGAACUUCAUGUCAUUGAUUUUGUUGCGAGGAUGUGCAAAAUGAAAAGGGUUCAUUUUUAUCAUUUGAUA